GUGAAAUACCAAAGAAGCAGCCUGCAGGGUUUCUCCCCAGCCCACAAAUAGUAAACUUCAGAGGGAGAGGGAGAGAGUGAGCUCAGGAGAGCGCCAACGAGCAAGCAAACCUGAGCAAACAUUGAGUUCUGCAGCUGGCAAUUUGUAAAGCUCAGAGGAUGAAUGGGCCUCAUCUUAAAGAUGGCCAGGAUUCCUAUACAUCUAACCUCAGGAAACCUCCAGUGAAGCAGGUUAAUGUUUGGCCGCACAGCAGCAGGUUUGGAGUUACCAACUUGUCCCCAAAAUUUUUCUUUUGCCUCUCUGUCGCCUUGCUGUGCCAAGCAGGCAUGCUCUGGGGGCACCCCCAGUGCCUGGACUACGGACCCCCUUUCCAGCCCCCUUUCCACCUGGAGUUCUGCUCUGCCUAUGAAACCUUUGGCUGCUGUGACCAGGAUAAGGACAACAGCAUUGCAGCUAAAUACUGGGAGAUCAUGGAUUACAUUGAUCUCCAGGGCCACGAGCUGUGUGGAGAGUAUAUCAAGGAUAUCCUGUGUCAGGAGUGUUCCCCAUAUGCUGCACAUCUCUACGAUGCAGAAAACCCCCAGACACCUCUUAGGAACCUCCCAGGACUUUGCUUUGACUACUGCUCUGAGUUCCAUUUCAAUUGCCGCUCUGCUAUUACACUGCUGACUAACGAUAAACACAUUCAAGAAUGCUGUGAGAGGAACAAAACCCGCUUCUGUAACCUCCUUAACAUACAGGACCAAGACUAUUGCUACCCUAAUGUGCUGAAAAACACAGACCUCAAUAGCAACCUGGGGUCAGUAGUGGAGGACCCCAAGGGCUGCCUUCAGCUGUGCCUGAAAGAGGUUGCUAAUGGGCUGAGGAAUCCAGUACUGAUGCUCCAUGCUAAUGACAACACGCACCGCGUAUUCGUAGCUGAACAGGUGGGGAUCAUCUGGGUCUACUUGCCUGAUGGGAGCCGAUUGGAGGAUCCCUUUCUAGAUAUUAAGAAAAUAGUGUUGGCUAGCCCAUGGAUAGGGGAUGAGAGGGGUUUCCUAGGAAUGGCCUUUCACCCCAAGCACAAACACAACAGAAAAUUUUACAUCUAUUAUUCAUACAUGGACAAGAAGAAAGCGGAGAAGAUCCGGAUCAGUGAAUUCAAAGUUUUAGCAUCUGAUGUCAACAAAGCUGAUCCACGCUCAGAAAGGAGUCUUUUGGAGCUUGAAGAACCAGCUGCAAAUCAUAAUGGGGGGCAGCUCCUCUUUGGCCUGGAUGGUUAUCUGUAUCUGUUCAUUGGGGACGGAGGGAAAGCUGGAGACCCUUUUGGAAAAUUUGGGAAUGCUCAGAACAAGAGUACGUUACUAGGAAAAGUUUUACGGAUAGAUGUGAAUGGAAAAAGCCCAGAUGGAAAGCCAUAUCGCAUCCCACCGGAUAACCCCUUUGUCUCAGACCCCAAAGCUCUCCCUGAGGUCUAUGCCUACGGGGUCAGGAAUAUGUGGCGCUGUGCUGUUGAUAGAGGGGACCCAGUCACUCACAAGGGACGGGGGAGAAUAUUCUGUGGUGAUGUUGGACAGAACAGGUUUGAAGAAGUUGACAUCAUUGUUAAAGGAGGGAACUACGGCUGGAGAGCUAAGGAGGGAUUUGAAUGUUAUGACAUAAAGCUUUGCUAUAAUUCCUCUUUAGAUGACAUUCUUCCGAUAUUUGCCUAUGGCCACAGUGUGGGGAAGUCAGUCACUGGAGGAUACGUGUACCGGGGUUGUGAUUCCCCAAACCUGAAUGGCCUCUACAUUUUUGGUGAUUUCAUGAGUGGUCGACUUAUGGCUUUGCAGGAAGAUGAGAGGGAAAAUAAAUGGAAGAAACAAGAUAUUUGUAUUGGUAGCACUAAAGCCUGUGCGUUCCCUGGGCUGAUCAGCUCUUACAACAAAUUCAUCAUCUCCUUUGCUGAAGACGAGGCAGGGGAGCUUUAUUUUAUGGCUACUUCUUAUCCCAGUGCCUAUGCACCCCAUGGAUCUAUCUACAAAUUUGUUGAUCCUGCAAGGAGAGCUCCACCUGGGAAAUGUAAACACAAGCCUAUUCCAGUGAAAACAAAGAGUAAGCGUAUCCCAUUUGCUCCUCUAGCAAAGACUGUCCUUGAACUGCUUAAUGAACCCACAACAACCAAGCCUCCCAACACAUCCUCCAUCUCCACAGGAGCCACCCCAACAACUUCUUCCAAAAAACCCAAGAAGCCAGCUUCCCCAAAAAGCUCCACCAAGCUAUCAGCAGUGAAGCCAACUGUGUCUGGCAAGAAGAGGCAGGCCAAAGGAUCCAAGACUAAACUGGAUCCAGCAGAAGAGAAGACAAAGGCUCGAAAGGUAUCCAAAGCAUCACGUGUGACAUCUUUGCCAGACAGGAAAGGUUCCCAGCUAACCAGAGCCAAGAAGAAACUUCUCCCCAAGAAAACAGCAGCAGCUAAGGAGAAAAAACAGAAGAAAAAAGGGGUCAGAUCAAGGAGCUCCCUCUGAACACAAGAGAACUCCCAAUGGGCCAAAAAGAAAGCAAGUGAUUGAGAAAAAGACGACCAGUUUGCGUUGUGGACUGGAGUUUUCCAACACAGACCUUAUUAGAAGAAUCAGACCUGUGUGCAGUUUUUAUGCCAUAACAUGUUCAUAAGAUUAUGUGGGGGAAAAUUCAGUCUUGGUGAAUGCGUACUACUUCAUGAGUUUAGCAUGAAUGGACUAUAUGUCCUGUUAUAACUUUAACUGCAGCAAGCUUUUCCCCGACUCAUAAGUUUCAUAUUCUUUGCAAAUCUUGCUUUGAAGGCCAUUUCCUGACAUUAGCAGUUAUACAAAGCCUCCACUGACUUCAGUGACAGUCCCACAGGUGCAAUGAGGGUAGGAUUUGGUUUUCAGGCAUUUGGAUUUUUAACCUUCAAGGGGUGCUGCCUGAAUAAGGAUUGCAAGAUUAGGCAGCAGGUAUCUAUUGGUGGGCUUAACUGGUUAUGAGGGGGUUCAUAUUUUAAUCACAGUAUAUGGAAUAAAUACAUUGAAGUUGGCUAAUUUUUUUGGUCAGUAUUUUAUCAUCCUUUGCCACUGAAUUUCUUAUCUGUCAAAAUACAUUUUUUAAAAGAAUCACCUUCUAUUAAA